UUUCCCCUGCUAUUCAGAUACUCAGAUUGCGAACGUACGUGAAAAGUGAAAAGGCGAAGGAGAAAUGGGCGCUAGUACCACAUCUAUAAUGUGGCGCUUUUUGUUAUCCUACCGUCCAAUUGGCGUGUAUAGUGCCAUUCCUCAUCCUACCUACGUCUUUGUCUUUCAUCGACAUGUUUGUUUACUGGCUCGACAUCACAGCGAGCUCUGUGUUGGACUUGCUGUGGUAUCUGGUAGUUUCCUCGCCUCCUCUAACGUCUCCAGAUAGUCCAGCAGAGGAAAAGCCUCUUUCUCCUCAGUAUCCUCAGUCUCCUCCCCAGUGUAUUCACAUUGAACACUCUACCCCGCCCCUAUACGCACUGGUUAUUGGCAUCGACAAGUACCUUUCGGACAACAUCAGCAAUCUGCAUGGUGCUGUUGCUGAUGCUGACGCUGUCGACAUUUUUUUACACGAGACUCUCGGCGUUCCGGAGCAUCGAAUUAAGAAUAUUCGCAACGAGAAUGCAACGAGAGCUACUAUCGAGACGGAGAUUAAGAGGCUUGGGGACAAUUCAGCAAUCAAAAAGGACGACCCGAUUCUCAUCUACUACGCAGGGCAUGGAGCCGAAGCGAACGCCCCGUCCGAAUGGCCCACCGACAACGGGAAGAUACAAAUGCUGGUUCCACACGACUUUGAACCCAGGGGGUCGAGCGACUCCAAGCGAGGUCAAGGAGUACUAGAUAUGAGGCUCUCUCAUCUUCUCGCAGACCUCGCUAUGAAAAAGUCAGACAACAUUACUGUCAUUCUUGAUUGUUGUCACUCUGGCUCGGGAACGCGAACAGUCAAUCAUGAUCCGACCUUCGCCGUACGCGGGAUCGAGCUCCCAGAGACCUACACUAUCCCUCGAGGCCUCUUCCAUCAUGACGUUUCGCAUUACAAGUCUCGGUCGAGUUCCACUGCACAGGGAUUCGAGAGGACAGGUCUAUCAUCACACAUGCUCCUUUCAGCAUGUAAGCAGGGGCAAGAAGCCAGAGAGGCAGAUGGACAUGGCGCCUUUACUUCAGCGUUGUUGAGUUUGCUGAAGAAAAGCGGCGUCGACAAGCUUACUUACAAAGACGUAAUAACCCAUCUACCCGAUCUUCCCGCACAGAAUCCGCAGUGCGAAGGUGUCAACCAAUUCCGACGCCUUUUCAAUUCCAAAGUAGCCAGCCCGCAACGCAAACUAUAUGGCAUCCGCGUAUCCCGCUGCGGCCGGUACGUUUUGGAAGCUGGCUCGGUCCAUGGGAUCACAAAGAACGCCGAGUUCGCUGUGUUUGCUGAUAGAACCAUGGUAUCUGAGCUUGGAACUGUCGUUGCUUCAAGGAUCACCGCUUUCACCACCACGUGCGAUUUCCACCCGCGGGGCAAUGAAACUCCCUUCUUCCUAGCUCAUCCAGGAUUUGCCUUGCAGACUCGAGUCGGCGAGGGACAUGAUGUUCGUCUUUUCAUCGAGCCGGUCCGAAUGUUAUUCGGUGUCUUGAGGCGGAUAGGCGCGGAGAUGCAAAAUGGCGAAGCACGACAGAGGAGAUUGCAUUUGGUGGAGAGCCGAAACGAUCAUCCCGAUCUAGCGGUUUCUGCGCAUGGUGAUGUUGUCCAUUUCGAGAUCAUGGACAAGCUCUGUCGACAACAUGGGCUAACACGCAUGCCAUUCAAAGUCAAAAUCGAUGAUUCAGACACUAUCCACCGCAUUCUUCGAUGCUCUGCUCAUUUUUACUGGCACCUUCACCAGUCUAGCCAAGGAAGUCCUCUCGCCGGAAAGGUCACAGUCGAGUGUAUGAAGUUGCAAGAAAUCAGAGACUUCAUGGGUGGUUCCGACAAGGUUUUGAUGCCUGACCCCCAUGGCCAUAAUCUGAACAUCGGAGGUGUGAUUGUAGUCAAUGUCGAUGAGAAGGCAAUGUAUGGAUUCAAGAUUACCAAUACCGCGUCGGUGUGUCUUUAUGUUUCGAUGUUCUAUUUUGAUGUCAGUGAUUUGAAAAUCGUUCCGUACUAUCAACCUGGAAGUGCAAAAGACGGCGCCGUUGAUGUUUCUCUUCCUCCUGGAGAAUCGUUGACCGUCGGGUACGGUGCGAGUGGGACUGUUCCGCAUACGUACACACUAAAGAAGGGACAAGAUGUUGAUGUUGGCUUCUUGAAGCUCUUUUUCUCAACGGAGUACAAGGACUUGUCGGGCAUUACCCAAAGCUCGCCUUUCGGUGACAGUCGCAAGAGCGAUCCAGUUCCGGAGAAGAAGAGGUAUGUGGGGGACACAAUGUGUAUUGCAGUUGUCCAGAAACAUGGAGAGGGUCCCUCACGAUGCCGGGACAGGGGUUGGGAUCAUCAUCACCAUCAUCAUCAUCAUCAUUUUACAUAGCCUGGUCUGCUGUAGAAACGGCCGUGGCAUACAAGUACAAUUUCCGGGGUGCGACAAUCAACGGUGAUGCUCGCGUCAGUUAUUUCUAUUGCUUUAGAUUUUUCAGUGUUUGAUACUACUGAGUCUACAUGCACCAUGGCCAGGUAGUCAUGCUAUCGUUACAACCGUUAUGAACAAAUAGACGAGUACAGUUCGUAUUCUUAGUUUCGUACAUAGCCUUCCACGAGCUUACUUUCUAGCCUUCAUGAUCGAUCUUCCAGCUUAGCUUCUUCAUUGUUUAGCUUGGUUAUACAGAAUCAGAGUGUGAAGAUAUGUGCAAGGUGAAAGGCCAAUGGCACUCUUCUACCAUACAUU